CAUCUAUACUCAAAUCAACUAAAUUUUUGUAAACAGCCUCGUCCAAUGGAAAAUCCAGCGCUGCAGAAAUCUGCAACAAAAUGCUUUCAGAAAAAGAAAAGGAACAAAAAUUACUCUUCCAGAAGAUAUUCAAGUUACGGGAGACAGGCAAUCUACAGUAAGCGACUCUGAAUCGAUAAACGGACAGGCACCCAUGGAUAUUGAAUCAGCUAAACCGCAGAGGAAAAGGAUUCUCGAGGAAACGACAGAUCAAAAAAACGCAUCUACCUCUAAAGUCAGUAAGUCAAGCAAACAUAACCUCCUUAAUAAUAGCAAGGCUUCAGGCUCAAAUCUCCCUAGCCGCAAAGAAUGCGAUUCCUCUCGACAAGUAAGUGUCAUUCAAGACGUGAACGGCUCUAGAGCGGGUGGCACUACCAGCGAUAGCCAUAAUAAGAUCCCCACUACUUCUACUAAUGGACCAAAUGUGCCAAAAUACUCGCGAGACGACCACCCCCCAUACAUUGUGUACGUAUAUAACACUAAUAUUGAUGCCGCUGAUCCGGAGGCCGCUCACCCGCUGCACGUCUGCAGCUUGAUUUCCAGCAUUGCCGCUAAUAACGACAUCAUCGAAAACAAAAAGAUAGGUCGCGGAAAAGCUAUGGUUGAAUUUAAAUCCGCCGCCGCUGCCAACAAUUUAAUAGUCUCUCCUUUGUUGAAGCUCCAUAAUCUACGUGCCUUCAUCUCCUCAUAUCGUAUUUUACGUACCGGCUUAGUUAAAGACGUCCCUCCCAGUAUUAAUUUGGAUACGAUACUCAAAUCAAUUGAAGCCCAUUCACAUAGAAUCCUAGAAAUUAAGAGAUUAAAUAAGAGGGUUAUCAGAAAUGGUGAACCCAUAUUAAUUCCUUCAUCGUACAUAAGUAUUAAAUUUGCAGGACAAACUUUACCAAAGUACGUUUACAUUUUUAAAACUAAGCAUGAAGUCACCCCUUUCAUUCCCAGAACAAAAAUUUGUUACAAAUGCUACAGGGUUGGACAUAUUAGCACUUCGUGCAAAGGCCACGAAAGAUGCCUUAAAUGUGGUUUAAGAAAACAUGAUAAUGAUAAUGACUGUCCCAUGCAUAAUAAGCAACCGGUUUGUAUUAACUGCAAGGGCGAUCACCUUGCUACGUCUCCAAACUGUCCUACAGUCCUUAGCCAAAAAAAGAUCACUUCCCUUGCGGCCACCGAAAACAUUCCCCUGUUCCAAGCAAGAGAGAUCAUUAAACGCAGUAAUCCUGAUGUCAACUUACAAUACUCUGGUCCACCUCAGAUUGUUAACGAUCCUAGAACGGACUUCGGUAAUUUCCCUCCCUUAAGAGAUAACGAUUAUACUAGAUAUAAUAAACACUUCAGGGAUAGGCCCAACCGUCCCUCACUCGACACUAAUUACCUUUCCAAUUUUCACAGUCAUAACAGAUUCGACGCCCUUGAAAAUAUGGAAGAUCUUCAUUAUUCCUCGGCUCCAUCUCGCCGUCUCAGUUCUUAUGCCGGUGUGGUCGCAGGCAACAGUAACUUUCAGUCCAGUUCUAAUGGCGGCCCGCAUGCACAUUUGCUCUCACCUGAGCCCGGCUUCUCUCACAGACGUGACAGCUCAUCUCACCUUCGUCCUCCCCCUCCCAUCAUACACUCGACGGACCCGGGCAGGCUUUACCAAUGUUACCCCAACGGUCGUCCCCUGGUUUCUUCAGGAAAUGGAAUAGCGUAUAAUCACAGCAAUUUAAGUGCACCUGCAAACGCUGGCCACUCAUCUGAACCAAACUGCAACAUUGCAAGCUUCGGUGAUUUCAUUAAGAAUAUUAGCAGUUUCUUCUUACAAAAGAUAUUCCCACUACUACUUAACAAAAAUUACGAUGCGGCUACGGAAGAGUUAAUUAAUUUUUUGAUUAACUAUUUUAGCACUAAUAAACUCAGUAGCCUUUUUAAAUAUUUUGUUAACUCCUGGACUAAUACUGAUGGUAAUAAUUCUGACAAUGUUAAUAAUUCAAGCUAUACAGUAGAAUAUUCUAGAGAUCAUACGGCUUCCUACAACGGUCUAAAAGAAAACAGCCAAUCCUCAUCUAAUCACGUUUUCCCAGUAUUAAUCGACUCUAACCUUACAUCUUAAAUUUUGGUCUAUUCAAAUAAUGUCACC